GCGCCGUCGGCUGAAUUUCAAAGCAAAGAGGCGCACAGUUCCAUAUUGCUCUUCCUUCGGAACGGAGAACACUCUCUCCUGUUUACAGACAAAACCCUUCACGUGACACGCUCCUGUUUUUCCUCUUUUUUCUCGGGAGUUUCUUCCGCUUCGGCGACUAUGACUUUUCACCGGAUUGUGCGCAAUUGUUGUUUCGGUGCUUUUGAGAACUGUGUUUAAGAAAUGAAAGUUUAUUUAUAAAUAAAUAUCGGAGAAUUCGAUUUAUGAACAAGAAACAAUAUUUCUUAUUUUUGUAAAAGAAGAACAGUGGAAUUAUUCUUGGUUGAAAUCGUUCAAGAAAGAAAACAACGUAAAAGUCUUUGGAUGGAGGUAAAGAGCGAAAUUGUACAGCAGAGGCCAGCAAUGGGGUUCUCCACAACCGGCGGUUCUUGUGGUCAAGCCAGCUGUGCUGCCUGCCAGAAACCUAUUCGUGAGAGGUACCUGCUGAAAGCAUUGGAUCAGUAUUGGCAUGAAGAUUGCCUCAAGUGCACUUGCUGUGAUUGCAGAUUGGGAGAAGUGGGCUCAACUCUCUUCACCAAAGCUAACCUCAUCCUUUGUAAAAGAGACUACCUAAGAUUAUUUGGCACAACGGGCAUGUGUUCGGCGUGUAACAAAACUAUUCCAGCUUUCGAGAUGGUGAUGAAGGCGAAAGGAAAUGUUUACCAUCUGGAAUGCUUUGCUUGCCAACAGUGCAAUCACAGGUUCUGCGUCGGAGAUCGGUUUUACCUCUACGACAACAAAAUUCUGUGUGAAUACGAUUAUGAAGAACGUGUUCUGUUUGCAUCUCUGCCCUUCACAUCCCAGGGGUUAGCCCAACUGAAAAGGCAGGCACAACAAAUGACAGAAACUGGAGUCAGAGAUGAUGGUUCCAGUGGUUAUGGUAGUGGUGAUUCGCCAUAUGAUGGACGGUAGUAGUUUGCUUCAGUUCAGAUAAAAAAAGAAAAAGCGAGUCUGCUGAUCGUUUUAUGCGAGUCAUGUAAUCGCCAUUUUGAAAGAACUUUUCGAAAGAAAAAAUAUUCCUGCGGCUAGUCCAAAUCAAAUUAUUCUGAGUGAAUGAAGUUUAUUCAGUGUAAAUAAAUGACUCAUCCCGAAUAAAUUUGAGCGAAUGAAAUAGUGAAUGAAUGUGAAUGAAUGACAUGAUUCGAAUGAACAUAUGUGAUUGAAGUAUACUUACAUGAAACUGAAUGAAUAAUGCAUUUCAGUUGAAUUUGUAUGAAUGAAAUGUUCUCAGAUGAAUGUGUCAUAAUGUGUU